CCGCGUCGACCGCACGUACUUAAGGUCUCUUGUUUAAGACGGUGCUCUUUGUGUUAGUAUUUCGCGGACAAUUAUAUAUUCUGUGUGUACUAGCUUUGUUUAGCAAUACCACCCAGCAUCCACUCUCUGAAUCUGAUGGGACUUGAGGGAAUGAGGCAAUGAGCCAAUAAAAACGAUGAGCUGGCUUCUGGGUUCUUAGGUUUAAACAAUGCAGAAAAUGGCACACACUAAUUUGGCUGCAACGCGGUCGAACACACCCGACCAGGAACGGGAGCGUGCAACUGAUAACGGACACAUGCCCAAACCACUCACGACUGGAAUUUAUCCCACCAGCUCAUCUAGAAAUGCUCAAGCGACAACAAUGGCUCUCGAACAGUACCGACUGCAGCUCUACAACUAUGCCUUGAAUAUUGAGAGAUUCCGUUGUCCGCCAUAUGUAAAUGGAAAUGGUGCUGGAGCUGGAUCUAAUACGCCCUGGAUUCAUAUGAACCCGUACGGAGCCCAGAGCACCGGUACAGGUGUCAACAGAAUGACCGCGCUUUCGACUAUUUCACUGUUUCCCCAGUCGCAGCGCAUUUUUCAACCCGAGGAGCCUAAGCCACAGCACAGCUAUAUUGGACUGAUAGCAAUGGCAAUUCUCAGCUCAACGGAGAUGAAGUUGGUCCUCUCAGACAUUUACCAAUACAUUUUGGAUAACUAUUCGUAUUUUAGAAGCCGUGGGCCGGGUUGGAGAAAUUCCAUCAGGCAUAAUCUGUCGCUAAAUGAUUGCUUCAUUAAAUCGGGACGCAGCGCAAAUGGCAAGGGUCAUUAUUGGGCAAUCCAUCCGGCCAACAUGGAUGAUUUUCGCAAGGGUGAUUUUCGGCGCCGUAAGGCCCAGCGAAAAGUGCGAAAACAUAUGGGUCUGUCAGUUGAUGAUGCCAGCACUGACUCGCCCAGUCCCCCACCGUUAGACCUAACAACGCCUCCUCCGCCAAGCUCACAGGCUACAAUACAAUUAGCCGCACUUAGCUAUCCUUAUCACCAGAACUAUAUCGGGCAGUUCUUCAAUCGAAAUUCAGACACAGCUCAGCCACAUUACUCCGUAUCACAUCCGGUCCAGUCGGUCCAGCGGCAUCCCCAUUGCCUGGAACCAUCAAUUCAACAAGCACAUCAACAAAUUGCGUAUAUUAAUUCUACGACAACGACAACAAUAGCAAACAUGUACUCGCAAACACGAAAGCGUCAGUUCGACGUAGCCUCGUUACUAGCACCUGAUGUCCAGAUCGUUGAUAUCGUAUCUGAAGAUCAAGAGUCUUCGCCAGCGUCCAAUACUGCAACAGCUACGCGGACAACAACGCAAACUCAGCAUACGGUCAUCACGAAGCAAACCAUACACCGUGAAGUGGUUGUAGGAUUGGAGCAGCCCGUUCCUGAUACUGAUAUUGACGCAGAUAUCGACGUUGAAGUUAAUGUUGAUGUGGUAGAUGAUAGUAAUGAUCCCGAUCCUGAUCUCGACCCGGAUGCGGAUUUGGAUAUGGAUGCGGAUGAGUCCGAAAAGACAACAGAGGCUUUAAAACAAGUUUUCUCUGUCGAUGACAAUAACUCGUACCUAAGCGAUUGUAGGCGUUCAUCUUUUGAUGCCGAUCCUGAUACUGAAGACCUUGAGCCGCACAACUACUCCAUUCCUAGUACAGCAGCAAGAUCUUUGGGCAGCAGUAGUAGCCAACAUGAGGAAUCUAACUCUUUGGAAGAAUGUCCCACCGCUUCUUCCGGCACCACAAUCACACCCAAUGAUCGGGUAAAUUCCACGCAUUCGGCACAUCUGGGAGUAUCGAUUCCCAAGGCAUACAUAGAGCUGAACCACGUCGAUCCACAUAUACUGAGUAGAUAUUAUGGAACAUAUAUGGCGGCUGCAGCUCGACGUGCUAGUCUGGAGGCGUCCAGAGAAAAAGCAACAACUACCCCUCCACCGACCAUCGAAAUAAUCUCACAUAAGUAAAUAAAAGAUGCGCUACAACAUACAAUUAAAGUACGAAUAAGUAUCUGUACAUAUAUAAAUGGAUGAAAAAAAAAAAAAACACUUUAAGCCCACCCUGAAAUACCCAAGUCAUACUCAUACAUAUAAUAUACCAUACAUGCAUACGUAU